AUGACUAGGCAAACCAUCACCGCUGUUACUCCAGAGGAGUGCGAGCUCAUCCUCGCACAAAUCAGCUCCUUGGUCAAUAGGCUGCAGCUUGGCAAUGGCGACAAUCGCCGUGGCACCGGCCCCGCCGAUGCCGCCGAGUCCGCCGAUUCCGCCGACGACAACGACAACGACAACGACAACGAUGUCCGCGUGUCCAUCAGCCGUCCCCCAACCCCGCCUCCUUCGGCGAGUGGCUCCACUUCCUGCCCCCCUCUUGCUCCCACGUACCACACUGUUGCACACGACCACAUUGGCUCGGUUCGUGUGGGAUCUUCCGGGGGGUCCACUAUCUCGGUACACGCCUCCGGCCCUACGGUCAUACCGAUUCUCCCCAACGCGCAUGCUCUUAAGGUAUCCGCUCACGACUCUGCUGUGUUGACGGGCAGCUAUGCCUAUGAUAGCGAGUAUUUCGAGCCUUGGGAUGCCAAGUCUAGCGCGCCUGUCGCCGUUGCUCCGGCCGCGACUGGGCCUUGGUACUCCGUCGUCCGUGGAAAAGCGGUUGGGGUCUUUGCCAUGUGGGAAACCGUAUCUCCUCUCGUCACGGGCGUCUCAGGUGCAAUCUACCGCCGCCACUCUUCUCGCCAGGCCGCAGAGCAGGCCUUCGAAACCGCGCUUCAGGCUGGUAACGUUGCAGUAAUUUUUUGA